AUGGACUUCGCUCUAUAUGAUUAUAUCAUCGUGGGAGGCGGCCUUUCCGGAUGUGUCCUCGCUAAUCGACUACGAGAGUACAACAACACGUCGAAGAUAGUCUUGCUCGAAGCUGGCAAAGAUACCCGUGAUCGUUCGGACGUCAGGCACCCCCAGGUUCUCAAUCUCGGGGGCGACUUGGAUUGGUCCUACGAAACUGAGCCAGUCCCGAAUGCCGCGAACCGCACUUUCACCCUGAAUUCGGGCCAAGGUCUCGGCGGCGGCACAGCAGUCAAUUCAAGUGGCUGGACUCGCGGAUCUGCCAUUGACUUCGACGAGUGGGCGGCUUUGGUCAAGGAUGAACGCUAUAGUUAUGCUGGGCAGCUGCCUUGGUUCAAGAAGUGCGAGCGCUGGCUUGAUGAGAAGAACCCCGAGCAGCACGGACUAGAUGGACGCAUAACGAUUGGCUCUGCUGGGUCGAACAAGCGCGUGUUCCCUUUGACCGAAAAGAUUGCAGAAGCCUGGGAUGCACUUGGAGCUCCUGCUCUCCCGGACCUUGACCAAAACGCAGGAGACAACCUAGGACGGGCUUACAUUUGCGAGUCAAGACUGGAUGGUCAGAGACAAUGGUCUCCGGUAGUCUACCCCCUCGAUGGAGUUGAAGUCCGGCUUGAAGCCUUGGUUCAAAGAGUCGUCAUGGAAAACAGCAGCGGAAGCCCUCGUGCCACGGGCGUCGAAUUAACUGACGGUAGUAUCUUGUCGGGUAAAGAAGUUAUUCUGUGUGCCGGAGCUUUGAGGUCCCCACAGCUGCUCCAGCUCUCCGGUAUUGGCUCACCUACAGAUCUUAAAGAAGUCGGAAUCGACGCAGUGGUUGACCUCCCAGACGUUGGGAAGGGCCUAACUGAUCACACGAACUUCUGGCAGCACUGGCGGCUUCGAGACCCCUCUGCGGGUUAUACCCUUGGCUCCGCAAACCCCUUAUUUUCUGAGCCCCAGUACAGCAAGGGAACUCCUAUGGAAUGGGUCGUGACUCAUUCCCUACCAAAGGAGGGUCUUGCUACCGCCAUUGAAAAGGAUGAGGGUGUCAAGCCGAAUCCAUCCAAGCACCCGCUUCUCUCCAGCGCCCGUACUUUCAGCGAGACCUUGAUCCUCCACGCAAAAGUCCCGCUGCCUGGUAUCCCCAUGGAUGCUGAGCACAUGACUACAGCUGUCAUCAACUUCUUGCCCACUUCUAGGGGCACGGUUUCCCUAAAGUCAGCGAAUAUUGAAGACCACCCAACGAGUAAGUGCCCCCUGUGGCCAUAUUUUAGCGACAUUGCGGUUCAAAAGUUAAUAGGAAGGCAUAUAGUCAAUAUGAACUAUCUUUCUACUGAGGUAGACAAGUAUCAAAUGCGCGAGGGCAUUCGAAGAAUUACCUCAUUUAUGCUCGGCCCUGUUUUCAGCCAAUACGUUGCGGGUGAGACGGUACCCGAUGCGUUGGCUGUCGAGCCUGUUACGCUCAAUGAUAGCGACGAGAAGCUGAACAAGAGGGUGGCUUUAGCUGCUUCGACGACCUGGCACUAUUCUGGAACUUGCUCCAUGGGCAAGGUUGUGGAUACUGGCUUUAGAGUCUAUGGUGUAGGGGGUUUGAGAGUGGUUGAUGCUUCGGUAAUCCCCGUGCCAUUGAGUGCUCAUAUCCAAGCACCGCUUUAUGGGCUCACAGAGCAGGCAGCAGCGAUUAUUGCCGGUAAGGCCUGA